CCUCAGUGAAGGCUGAGAAUCCGAGGCUUGGGUGCAUAAACCCUUCGCCCUACAGUGAUCUACAGUGUCAGCAGCAGUUGCACUGUUAUUUAGAUGUUUUGACCAGUAUGGAUAAAUGGAGACUCGGGUUUGCUCUGCUUCUGCUCCUCACUUCCUGUAUGGACAACAAAGCUGGUACGGAGAUUCUUAUGAAAAUCAUUGACAAACAACCAGAUGUCACUCGAAUAUGCAGCAACGAAACGCUGAACGUGAUCAUGCUGAUAGUGUGUAAGAUCAGCACACAGAGGAGCAGAGGAGAAGAGUGCAGGCUGCUGUAUCGACAUGGACAAAACUUUGAGCAUGGAUGUGACUCCAGGUUCACACUGAUGAAAGAAAAUCAGACUGUGUUUCUCCACCUGACAAAUUUAACACAGGAGGACAGCGGGAGCUACACCUGUGAGUGUGUACAGACCGGAGGAACAUAUAAGCUCCAGCUCAAUGUCACUGUGGAAGGCACUGAAAGCCAUGAAGUCACCACCAGUCCUACAGAAAUACAUUUUAAAUUGUCUUUCUAUGUUUUAAUUGGAGUGUUUGUAGUCUUAAUCAUAUCUGGAGUCAUCCUUGGAUUUAUAUACGUAACAAAAUGCAGCAGCAGAAGACGACAGCUGCCAAUAACCAGUCCUGAAAUAAUAACUGAUCCUGGAAACACAGAAGCGUACAUGGCAGCGGGAGAAAUUGAGCCAUACAGUAUCUUCAUCCAAACAGAAAAUGGGCUUUAUUCAACUUCUAAAAUAAACUUAAAUCAUAUUACUUGAAAUACAUUUGAUGUAAAUUGAGGUAUGAAUUUGCAGCACUUUUAUAAUAAGUAUCUAUUUCCUAGUGAAUAAACAGUGAAGCUGGACGUGCAAUCUCCAAAGCAAUGGUGCUUUACUAUUAGUUUCACUUAUUGUUGCAUUAGUAGAAGUACAGUUUAUUUUAAUCUUUUAAGAGUAACGUUUUAUAUCUGAAACUUAAAUAUCAAGUCACACUGUCUAGAGUGACAAAAUAGACUUUUAUACAUAUUCAGUUUGUUGAUUUCAGAGCUGUAAUAGCUUUAUAGCAAUAAUUAGAUCUUGACUGAUGCUGGAUGUUUAAGAUACCAAUAUUUAGUCAUUUCAAACUCAGAUAUUUAUUCUGGUGUUGUUGUCUUUGAGACACACAAAGAUAAACAAAUUUCCCAAACAUUUUUUAAGGGUGAUCUAUAUGUGAGUCCUCACUAAGAUAACAUAAUGCAGUCUAAAACAAAAUCCUGUUUUUUUAUAUUAACAGGUCAUGGAUUACUUGUUUGUUCUCUGCACUUUGUAGCCAACAGGGGAUCUGCAGAGUGCAGAGUUAUGGACAAACUAUGUAACAGUCGUGGUUGAAUGGUGUUUCUCCCGUCUCUACUUUUACAUUUUUUUAUUUAUUAGUUAAUAUAAAUACAAUAUAUUGACUGAUAGAUUAGCUCAGCUGAUAUAUCAGUUAAUAAAAAUAAUGAUAAUCCAAAACCAAGUUAUUAUGUCAAACAGCGUCAUGCAAAAAUCUUUUUUGAGCCAUGGUGCGAGUUCACUACGCUGAGAUUUAUAACCCACUUUAAACCGCUAUGUGAAACAAUAAUUAGCAUUUCCGCUUAUCGUUAUCUAAGUAUGGGUUGUUGAGUGUUUCAGGGCUUUUUCAGUUAAUGAGCCGUAACCCUGACCUCACACCAUCGUCGAGCUUCCUGUAUCAACUUCCUCUUCUCACAGACAGAUUUUGCUCUUUUGCACUUUACCAAUGUUCCCCACGCAGUUGGUUUUAAACAGGGACUCCCCAGCAACAACCACCAAACCUCUGUACACAAGUGCAUUUUCCAGGCUCUCUUCCUGGAAUUUAAUAUAUAUGAAACCACUGAAAAGGCCAACAGGAAAAUAUUGUGUCUGAAAGAAAAGGCCUUUACUGUUUCGUGAAUUGUGCACGCAUCUGUACAUAACAGUUUUUUUGUUGUUUUUUUGUCCUGUAAUUUAAAGCAAUUCAGCUGAAAAAGACCCUAAUAAAAUACCUCAUGUUAG